ACGCUCUCGCUGGAAUCGGUCCAGAGGAACGGAAAAUGGCGGACCUCGAAGACGUAACCCUGGACGGGAGACCGCUCCAGUCUCUUCGUGUUGCAGAUUUAAAAGCUGCUCUUGAGGAAAGGGGACUGUCUAAAAGCGGACAAAAGAAUGCUCUUGUCAAAAGACUCAAAGGGGCUCUCAUGCUGGAGAAUCUGCAGAAGACCUCCACUGCUCAUGUUGGACUGCAACCAAACUCUCAGAUUGGUGAGGAAAUGAGCCAGAAUAGCUUCAUCAAACAGUAUCUGGCUAAACAACAGGAGCUCUUGCGGCAACGUCUGGAGAGAGAGGCCCGGGAAGCCAAUGACACUAACGAGCAAGAGGAACACAAAGAUGUUAAUAACAGUGUUGCGUGUCCUCCGCAAGACCAGGAUGUGACCCAAGCCUCGGCUGAGCAGUACAAAACACCCGGCCCCUCUGACGGAGAGAUCCGGUUUGCUGCCGUAAACGAGGGAGAAGCUAAUAGCAAACAGGAAGCUCACAAGUCCACUCCUCCUGCUUCUGGGUCAAUUACGAUGCACAUUCCUGGCAAUGAGCACCAACCGGAGAAGAGUUCUGCGGCCAGUGACUUCCCAGCUGAAAGUGACGAUGAUGAUAGUGAGGACGGCGAGGAGGAUGGUGACAAUGAUGAUGACUGGGGCAGUAACAUUCGCAGACGAACUCCGAGACAACCAGCCAGAGGGCCCUCCACUCGGGAGAGGUGUGGAGCAUCUCGUCAACCCCAGCAGCCGCAGCACAUGCCUUCCCUUUUAUCUCCUCAACUCCGCCAGCCAACCCCUCCUCCAUCGCCACCUCCAGAGUUAUCUUUCUCCUUGCCCGACACCCCGAAACAGAGCCCCCCUAGUCCAGAUGUACCCCCAGCAAGGCACUCACCCAGUACCUCCAGCUCUGGUUCUUCGAGCAGCGAUAGCCCCAGUAGCAGCCCAGAGCCGCAGAGGAGUGGACAUGUGGAUCGUAAACCUGGCCCAUUAACUCUUUUGGCCCGUAAAAUGGAAUCGGAAGGCGCUUUCUCUGGAACCAGUUGGCCUGAUGGUCAUGGGGAAGGAGGUCAGAAAGAGAGCAAUUUGCCAAUGGCCACCUCAUUUUGUGGCACAGAACAUGUUGAGGACCUCUCUUCGGCUACCGCUGCAGGCCAUGUGCCAAUUUCCAUGAUAACGGCCAUCAAUCAGGGUGUCAUCGGAACACAUUCGGCCCAUAGUCAUAUUCCUGUGAGUGUGCUUAAGACUUCCACAACGGAAGAGAGGGCAGAAAAGGCCCUUGAGCUACAAAGACAAGAAAGGCUUAGAAGUCUUGAGCAAGAACGAGCAUUGGAGGACGAGCGCAAAAACGCUCUUGAGCAGGAACGAAAGGAAAUCGAGAGAUUUGAGCAUCAGCAAGCCUUAGAAAGAAAAGAACAAGAAGCUUUGCGGUUGGAAAAGAAACUAGCAGCAGAAAGAGAGAGGCUGGAGAGGGAACAAGCUUUGGCUCAGCAGCAGGAAGAGCGAGAGCAAACCAUGGCAAGAGAGCGAGCGCUAGAGCUAGAGCGGCAAAGGGAACUUGAAAAGCAAAGGGCCUUAGAGCAAGAACGUCUCCAGCGGGAAACAGAGGCGAGGGAAAAGCGAGAGAGGCAAGCGGAGUUAGAAAGAAUACAGGCUUUGGAACGGGAACGAGAGGAAAGAGAAAAGGCUCUUGAGAAAGAAAAGUUAGAAAGAGAAAAGGCUUUGGAGGCAGAGAGAAAAGAAAAAGAACGGAUUGAGAGAGAAAGGAUAUUGGAACAGGAACGUUUGGAAAGGAAAAAAAUAGAGCAAGAGAGGCUGGAGAAGGAAAAGGCUUUAGAGAAAGAGAGAAAGGAGAGGGAGGAAGCCUUGAAAGAGCAGAAAGAACGAGAGAGAGCUUUAGAGCUUGAGCGACUAGAAAAAGAAAAAGCCUUGGAGCUUGAGCGUACAGAAAAACAGAGAGCCUUAGAGCAAGAACGUCUAGAGAAAGAAUGUCUAGCGAAAGCACAUCUAUUGCAAGAACGUCUUGAAAAAAGGCGUCUUGAGAGAGUACAAUUAAAGCAGGCGUGCCUGGAGCAGGAGCGCCUGGAGCAGGAGCGCCUAGAGCAGGAGCGCCUGGAGCAGGAGCGUCUGGAGCAGGGGCGCCUGGAGCAGGAGCGCCUGGAGCAGGAGCGCCUGGAGCAGGAGCGCCUGGAGCAGCAGCGUCUGGAGCAGGAGCGCCUGGAGCAAGCGCGCCUAGAGAGAGCACGUGUAGAACAAGAGCUCCUCGAGAAAGAGCAUCUAGAGAGAACCCGUGUAGAGCAAGAGCGCAUAGCGCAAAAAUUGGAGAGUGAUAGACUAAAGGAGCAAGGAAGAUUAAAUCUUGAUAGGAAGGACGAGAGACAAGCUUCAAAUGCAACUCUUGAAAAUAGGAUUGAGGACAAAAUAGUCAAGGAAAGUCCUAGUGAACAGGGCAUUUUAGAGAAGAAACCUGCCAAGGAGUUAGACAAUGAAUUCCCUCCAGCCAUAUGUGGUAGUGAGCCUGGUUUUGCCCUUUCCACUGCUCCCCUUUUCACAGGACCAGCUAAAGAAACAGAGGCAGUAGUCCAGGAAGAUGCCAAAGCUCCAAUGACACCGAGUGAAUCCCAUGCAGCAGAAUCAAGGUCAACACUGUCAUCUCCGCAGUCAUCAUUGAAGAAAUUCCCGUUUGCAAGAGACUCCCUGAUUCAGGCCUGCUCUACUAACGCCAUGGUCAUCAAGCGGCAUCGUACCUUCUCCGAUACACCCCCGCCGUCUCAGGUGUCACUUUCCUCCACCCCGACCAGUUUUGGAGAACGGCAAGAAAGUGAAACCUCUGCAGAACAGGAACAGGAAGUUAGUAGUAAAGCACUGGGUCAGGUGGGCAGCCAGUCUGAGGAAGAGUCUGCUUUGCACCAAAAAACAAGUUCCAAAGAAGGUUUUACGAAUCAAGUAUUAGAGGACAAGGACAAAGAGGAUUCGGUGAGGCAUAAUGAGCCUGCCAAGGAAAUGACCAAGAAAUUAAAAGAUGCGGAUCAAAUCAAAGUUCCUGCAGGCCCAGUAAAUGCUGUACAGAGAAGAGGAAAACGUUCAUCCUCUCAUGAUUCUGCUUCCUCUGAAUCUGAUUCUGGGUCCUCAUCAUCUCGCUCUUCUUCCUCAUCCUCCUCUUCUCUUGAGAAAAUCUCCACGUCAAGAAAUAGAAGGGAAGGAAAACUUGACAGAAGUGCUUCACCACAGUGUAGAGUGACUGCUGUGGCUGAAGAGGCCAGUCUCAAAGAAACGCAAAAGGCUUCCCCUCACAAAAGAGAGAGGUCUGUCGAGAAGACCAGUGCAGGAGAUGAUGAAGCGAGUCAGGCCAAGAAACCAUUUAUUGAAACAACCACCGGAGACGAGAUGAAAAGGAAAGAUGCCAAAGGACCGGAGGAAAAGGAUGCACAAAGGCAGGGAGCCGAGUCUGCUAUGCAAGAGUCAGAGAAGCUUGUGGAGUCCACCGAGGAGGCACACAAGGCCUUCUCAGCUCGGAAGAUCUCUCUUAGCAGUAGUAAGACCUCUCCGGGCCCGGGAAGUACUGAUGGCGAUCAGGAAGGUGGGACUGCAGGUAGUCGCAAGAGGAGGUGGGGUUCCAGCACUGUGGUCACUUCCAAGAAACCUUCCAUCAGCAUCACCACAGAUUCACUCAAGUCACUGAUCCCCGACGUCCGACCGGGCGUAGGCCAAGACGCCGUUGUGGACCUGCAUCCUGAAGAAGUUGUUCUGUCUGGAGCCGAGGAAGAAGAUCAAGAGCCGUCCGAGCAGGACCUUCAGAUUCGACGCACUGUCACCCAAGAGGUGGCUUUGGACAGCCAAGAGAAUGGGCAGAAGCAGACUAAGAGGAGGAGGUGUGAGAACGUGGAGCAAAAUGACAUUCAGGGAAACCACAGUAGGAUCGAAUCUCAUGAAGAGAAACCCAUGGAAGACACGCAAACACAGUCGCCAGCCCGGCCCAGUCAAGAUGGAGAAAUCAACACUGGUCAUGUGGCCGCAGGUGACACCCUCAUUCGUCGCUCCUUCAGCCAGCAAAGAACGGGCGUUUCCAUCACCAUUGACGACCCCGUCCGCACCGCCCGGCACCCGUCUCCCCCACGUGGCAAAGUUUCCAGCAUUGUUCACAUCAGUAACCUGGUGAGGCCGUUUACUCUCGGGCAGCUGAAGGAACUGCUGGGCAGAACUGGCACCCUGGUGGAGGACGGCUUUUGGAUCGACAAAAUCAAAUCUCACUGCUAUGUCACUUACUCAAGUUCCGAAGAGGCAAUCGCAACACGAGAAGCUCUUCAUGGAGUCAAGUGGCCUCAGAGUAACCCAAAAGUUCUUAACGUAGACUUCUGCCAGCAAGAUGAGCUGGACUUCCACAAAGGAUUGGGUGCAGCAGAGAAACCUGGAACGGAAGAGCAGUGGCUGACUUCCAACCGUUUUCAAGCAGCGGCCCUGCCUCCUCUCCUUCCCAAGCGAGACCAGUGGGCCGAACGCGAGCGGGAAAUGGAGCGCAGGGAAAAGGCGCGCUCAGAGCGCGAGUGGGACCGCGACAAGGUCCGGGAGUUUGGGAAACCCGGAAACGACGGAGAGGGAGGUCCCCGGAGGUCACGCUCCAGGGAGAGACGGCGCAAGGAGAGGGGAAAGAGCAAAGAGAAGAAGACGGAAAAGAAAGAGAAAGCCGCCGAGGAACCCCCUGCAAAACUUCUUGAUGAUCUUUUUCGGAAAACUAAAGCAGCCCCCUGCAUCUACUGGCUUCCACUUACCGAUGAGCAGUUUGUCGAGAGGGAAGCCGCCAGAGCGGAGCGGAUGAAGGAGCGCGAGAAUCGACUGAAACAGCUGCAGCAGGAGGAGGAGGAGAAAAAAAGGAAAGAAGAGCGCAAGGAGAGAAGCAAAGGCGGAGGAGGGCUUGCAGCGGGAGACCGGAGCGAGGGGGCGAAAGACAAAGACCGAGAGAGAGAGCGGGACAGGGACAGAGGUAAAGAGAGGGACAGGGAGAGGGAGAGGGACGCUGACAAACACAGGGAUGGCUACCGAAGGCCGGGGACUAGCGGGGAAGGGGGCGCCAGACGCUCCCGAAGCCGCAGCGACCCGCGAGACAGGCGGCGCUAAUCAGCUGAUGGAACUGUCUCGAGAAACCCGCCCUCCUCCAUUUGCCUUCCACUUCGUGUACUUUGUUCCAACUGAGACCCAGCAAAGGACCAACCCCGAUGUCGUUUGUCACCCCCUCUUUCAGUUCUCACCUCAAAGCACACGAACACACACACACACACACAUAUACGCGCAGACGUGUGGAAAGGGGACCAGAAAAGUGCAAGUGUUGUAUGUGUCACUCCUUGUCAGGGUUUGAUGUAUAUUGUGUUCAUGCAUUUGAAUUUGCAUCAUGCAUCACUGUUUUUGGGACUCUCCUCCACGCAGUAUAGCAAUACUGCAUGCCGAGUAAUUCCUUAUCAUCCUCUUCCCCCUUCUGACCGAAAGUAUUGGUGCCAUCAUUUGCUCUUUGCCUCCGCAUUUAACAGGCUUGCACUUUGGAUGAGGCGGACUUGUUGCUGCAUGGAAACCAACAAUCUUCUCAGCCAUCCUGCCUCGAGAGACAGAGGAAGAGAAAGCUCGUCUCUUUGCAGAAGGUGUGCUGAAAUGUGGCCAACGUGUGGCAUUCUGUACAGACAUCUUUAAUCAUACCUUUUUAACUGAGGCAGCUUUGGAGUAUUUUGAUCUUAGGCAAUGCAGUGUUCCUCUCUCCAGCUGUUUGGAGAAGAAAAAAAAAAAAGAAAAUUCUACUUGGAGACUGGAGGCGACGCUUUUUCUGUCGCACCAGAUUCCUUUAUUAUUAUCUCAUCUAUGUUUGUUCCCUUCCCUUGGCGUCCUCGGACGCUCUCACCAUGUUGGGCUUAUACAGGCCGUUGAGGGGAGGUUGUACUAUUUUCAGUUUUCUCGCCAAUGAGUUUUAAUAUUGUUUUUAUUUUACCAUUUUAGUACAAAUGCUUUGUUUUUGAUUGUUUUUUUAAAUUUCUUCUCUGAUUACGCCUAUCAGUGGUGAAUGUACAAAUAAAAAAAAAUGGAUAAAGUUU